UUUUCAUCGAUUCAGGUCGGAAAAAUAAAAGUGCAAGAAAAUUAAAGAAUUUUUCUUUUAUCGUAUGAAAGAAAAAAAAAUUAUUUUUUCAUUUCAAGUAGUAAAAAUAUUCAUUAAGCAACAAAAAAUAAGAAAAAAGAAAGUCAAGAAAAAAAUUUCCAUUUCACAUCAAUUUACGGAAAUCCAAUAAAAUAUUAAUUGAAAAAAAUUCAUACUGGACGAGACCAAAUGAAGCACAGUAAUUAGUGUAUUAAAAUCUUUUAAGAGUCUAUAGUGAUUUUUAUAUGAGCAUCCCUGUGUCUAGAUGUGCAAGUGAACAAUAAAGGGAAAAAGAAAAUUUAAUGCAGAAAUUAUAAAUUUUUUCUGUUCAUUUAGACGAGAAAGAAAAAUAAAAAUUUCAUCUAUAAAUUAAGAGAAGAGAAAAAGAAGAAAAAGACUCGUAGAAAAUAUUUUUAGAUUCAAAAUAGCACAGGAAAGAAAUUUAGUUGAAGCGCUUCAGUCUUCACCGCAAGACUUGCUUCUUGGUCGCCGUUUGGCGUUUCUUGAUAAAAAUAGACAGAGACAGAAGGAAAACAUACUACAAUUAUUACAGUAAUAAUAGAAUAGCAACAGCAGAGAUUGUUAACAUAUACAAUAUUAAAAAUGGCAUUAGUAAUGCUGCCUUGUGAAUUGCCAUGGUGGUCAGUCGUAGUGCGAAAAAUUUCAACCAUCGAAAACACAAACGAAAUAGACAAGAUUUUAGAAGUCAUGCAAAAAAUUCAUGAUUUAUGCAACAUAAGUUUGGAUCCAGAGGAAGAUUAUACAGACAGCACAGUAUUCGAUGGACUACGUAUAUUUAUAGAACAAGACAUGGACGAGACAGAACGUGAUAAAUUUCUCAGCAAAACACUUAAAUGCAUCUGUCGAUUUGCAAAAAAUUUGAAACUUUAUCGACCGCCACGUGGAAUGAAUUUUAGUCUUCAACAAAAUGCCGAUUCUGUUGAAUUUGAUGUUAAAUUUAUUGCAUGCCUUAUGGCCAAUUCAUUCUUUUCCACAUAUCCUAAGCGUACUAACAAGACACAUCCAACAUUGAAAGACUUUAAUUUUACGCAUUUCUUCAAAGAAUUAAAUACAAAUUCACAAAAGGCAAAGUUUAGAAGCUUUUUAUGGUAUUUUGAAUGGCUUGAACAGCAACCACCUGAGGAGCUUGAUAGAAAGGUCAAGUUGUCAAGAAAGGUGAUGUCAGGUAGACAUUGGCUUACAAUUGAAGACUGGUUAGAAUGUAAACUUCCAUUAUGUCCCGUGGACAUAAAACAUGAUUCACGAUUAGAAAAUUCACCCACAACUGUUGCACAAGUUAUAUUUUCACAACCAGCAAUUGCUUCGUCAGUUCUAAUUAAAGGAGCAAAUCAGGAAUCAACUCAAACAAUAACACAUCCAGAAUUGCUUAUAAUAUUGCUCUUUGUAGAAAAACUAGAAGAUAAUGAAAUAUUUCUAAUAGAGAGUGUGAUGCAAGUCUCUCGGAUAAUUGAUCCGAAAGGCAAGGCAAUGCUCGAAAAACUUCAACCAGCAAAGCUCAAAUCAUCAAUGAUAUGUAUGGAUGCUGAAUCAUAUAAAUCUUUUCCAAUUAGUCAAUUCGAAGAAGACAAUACUUUACGUGAGCUCAAUAAGUGUCUUUUAGCAUUUCGGCAAAACACAUGUGCACCAAUGUCAUCAAAAUUACUUAAAAUUUUAAGCAAUCACAGCCUCAGCAGUCGUGAUCAAAGAGGAAGAUUAUCACCGAUAGGUGAGAGUUUUAAUACGAGUGGUAGAAGUAGUCUUGAUUGUGCCACAAAAAUUUAUAUUGAACAAAAUUCACCAACGUCAUCUCCAGCAACAUUCAGCUCACGAACGGAAUCUAGAACAGAAGAUGAUGAUGAAAUUGACAAAAGAAGAAACUGGCUGAAUUUGCCCGAGAAUAAAGGUCGAAUUCAAAAUAGCACGGAACUUUCAAGUGAAGAAAAGCGUCGAGGUCGUUUUAUUGUCCUUGGAUCGUCUGGUGAGUGUCUUCCUGUUAAUCGACAAAUAUCAAAAGAUAAAGCUGCCAGUUUCUUUGCAAAUGGAAGUGAUGGGGAGGAUACUGAUGAAGAUGAAACAUUCUAUAGUGCUAGAAAUUCAUUAAAUGCUGAAGAUGAUGAGGAGGAUGAAUUUUUCGAUCAUCAACGUUAUUCGAUAGAACUUGAAACGCCUGAAAAUCGAUUUAGGUUUGCAAAACAAUUAAAGGAUGCUUUAAAACUGGAAAAUGGAUACACUGAAAGUACAGAAGAUUGUUCAAUUGAUGAAGAUGAAUUUGAUGACAGUUAUGCUGUUGAUAUUAAUAUUGAAGGUUCACGAAUGAACGACGAAAAAAUUAAAAUAAGACGUGGUACUAGUACAGGCUUUAUAUUAGAAGAAGAUUCGUCUCUUGACGAUUAUCAAAUGUUGGCUCGAAUGGACACAAGAAAAGGCAAAAUGAAAAGAAAUAAAACUGGCGACUCAUCAAAAUACAGCUUUGAUACUGAAGAGUCUGAAGUAGAAGAAAUUUACGAUCAGCUUUCCAAAUGGUUAAAUGAUCCGCUCGACAGUCGUGACAGAAAACUAGAUUCCCGUGAUAAGGCCGUUCUCAAAUUUGCUGACUCAUUACUGAAGCGAGCAUUAUCCGAGAGUUUUGUUGACGAUACAACUUUAGAUGAUUUGACGACAGAUUCUGAGGAAUUUGGCAAUCUAUCCGUUCAGCAGAAAAGAAAAAUGGUCAAAAACUUUCGCUCAUUAUCCUUGGAGGUUGCAAAAUAUAAGAAUCAAUUAUCUUCAUCGUUGAAACCAUUGCAUGAGCAUGAUGAUUCUCCAGAGGAUUUUAAAAAGUUUGUAAAGCAAAAGGUGACAGAACGAGACAUUUUAAAGAAACAGCAAAAGGAAAAGUCUAACAAAUGGUCCAUUACGACUACAACAAUGGAAGAAAGUAUCAAUUGUGAUGUAACAAUAAAGCUGAAUCAGAGAAAAUUUCACCAUAAUAGUAAUUUAAGAACAGUUGCGACUGGAUCAUGGGGAUGUGGUGAAAGUCACAUGGGUGAUGCACAAUAUAAAGCUAUUAUUCAAUGGUUGUCAGCAAGUGUCGCAAAUGUGCCAAUUCUGAUUUAUUAUACAUGCUCGAAUGAAAAUUUAAGUAAAUUGGAUACCGUAGUGAGAGUUUUGCAAGAUCGUAAAUGGACAGUAGGAGAGCUUCUUCGUCAUACACUUUUCUAUGCCCGGGAUAUUCUCAAUAAUCCCACCGCCAAUCAUAGCAAAAACUUUUGUUUGUUCGACAAGCUCAUUGGUUUAGAAAGAAGUAACUGAUGAGUAACAGACAUUAAUGUGAAUUGGACAACUUGCAAUAAAUGCUCGUGCUCAAAAUUUAUCAGAAGAAUUGAAAUCAUCUCAAAGGUUAAAAGUUCAUAAAUAAAAUCCUUUUGGAUGGAAAUCAGUCAACGUU